GUCGCCGGACGCCGACUUUGACAGGCGCUGUUUCAUAUUAAAAAGCUGUCUGCUUAUAUUAUUUUAAUUCAUUUUUAAUUAAAGUAGGCGAUAUUGCACCAUUGUUUAAAAGUAAAAUUAUAAUUCACACAACAUGGUUGCUAGAGUAGCAGGUGUUUUUGAUGAGAAAUUAACAGAAGCCAUCGCUAAUUCGAAAGUUUUAGUAGUCGGCGCCGGUGGUAUAGGUUGUGAAAUUCUGAAGAACCUUGUACUGACUGGCUUCCCAAACAUUGAGAUUAUUGACCUUGAUACCAUCGACGUAAGCAAUUUAAAUCGUCAGUUUCUCUUCCAUAAAGAACAUGUUGGAAAAUCCAAGGCACAAGUAGCAAAGGAUAGCGCACUAAGUUUUAAUCCCAACGUGAAUAUUGUUGCCCACCAUGAUAGCGUUAUCAGCAAUGACUAUGGGGUCAGCUAUUUCAAACAGUUCAACAUUGUGAUGAAUGCAUUGGAUAACCGUGUGGCUCGUAAUCAUGUGAACAGGAUGUGCUUGGCUGCAAAUGUUCCGCUCGUUGAAACUGGCACUGCGGGAUAUGCUGGACAGGUAGAACUAAUCAAAAAGGGAUUGACACAAUGCUACGAAUGCCAACCAAAGGCACCACAAAAGAGUUUCCCAGGGUGCACAAUUCGAAACACACCAUCUGAGCCCAUUCACUGCAUCGUAUGGGCGAAACAUCUAUUCAACCAGUUAUUUGGUGAAGAAGACCCUGAUCAAGAUGUAAGUCCUGAUACAGCUGACCCUGAAGCUGCAGGCGAUGCAGGAUCCUCAGCAUUAAAUGCAAAAGAAACUGAAUCUGGCAAUGUUGAAAGGAAAAGCACUAGAAUGUGGGCUGCGGAAACAAAUUACGAUCCAGAAAAACUGUUCACAAAACUCUUUGGUGAUGACAUCAAAUAUCUUCUGUCAAUGGAGAAUUUGUGGAAGAAAAGGCGUCCACCUACUCCAUUAUCUUGGGACAAUUUGCCGGGAAAAGACAAUCCGCCGGCGAAACACUCUGGCUUGCCAGAUCAGAGAGUGUGGUCUGUGCAUGAGUGUGCACAGGUAUUGGCAGCCAGCUGCAAAGAAUUACAAGCUGAUUUAAAGAGCAGGCCAGAUGGAGACCAUUUAGUUUGGGACAAGGAUGAAAAAAGUGCAAUGGACUUUGUAACUGCGUGUGCUAACAUUCGCGCGCACAUCUUCAAUAUUCCAUUGAAGUCCCGUUUCGAAAUCAAAUCAAUGGCGGGUAACAUCAUACCAGCUAUAGCAACAGCAAACGCAAUCGUCGCGGGCCUCGCCGUUAUUCGCGCGCAAGCGAUACUCAAGGGUGACAUAGAGACCUGUACUAGUGUGUACUUGAGACCUAAAGUCAAUCACCGCGGCCAACUGUUUGUGCCGGAGAGGACAUUGACGGCUCCCAAUCCCAAAUGCUAUGUGUGCGCUCCGAAACCUGAAGUAGCCCUUGCCUGCAAUCUCAAACAGUUGACACUCAAAGAUCUUAAUACUGCUCUCAAGGAAGGUCUCAACAUGCAGGCUCCCGACGCAGCUGUCGAGGGCAAAGGCCUAGUCGUUCUAUCAUCAGAACCAGGUGAAACAGAUCAAAAUAAUGAUAAAACAUUAGAAGAAAUAGGAUUGAGCGAUGGCUGCGCUCUACUGGUUGACGAUUUCCUUCAGAACUACGAAGUGAGGGUUCGCCUACAACAAGAGGACGAAGAGAAAUCAUGGCGCCUCGUCACAGAAUUAGACGCACCAAUGCCAGCACCAAAAGAAGAUAAGCCCACAAAUGGUGCAAAUGGAUCAAAUGAUCCCAAACCUGGUCCAUCUCGUCCCAAGGAUGAUAGUGACAGUGAUAUGGAGAUUAUUGAAGAGGAUGAAGGCGUUGAAACAGUGAAACCUCCUAAACGUAGGCGUACCGAAAUGUCAGAUGAAAUUGUGGAACUCUGUUAGCUGUACUAUAGUAAUUUAGUUUUGGCAAUUGGCAUGCAAGUAUAUGUCAUUACUGUAUGAAAACACGAAGGAACAAAUCGUAAUUCGUCAUAAUGUCAAAUAACUAGAAACUGUUUAUACUUGUUUGUGGUUAUGAUAAAUGCCUAUUAUGUAUUGGUUCAAUGGUAUACAUAUUCAUAAAUUGUGUAAUAUUAUCUAGUUGUUUGACGUUAUUUUGGUAUGAAGCUCAUCUAAGAAAGUUAACAUUUCCCCAAAAAUAGAUUGUUCCUAGAUUCGCUAUCCACGCCAUGUAAGUUUGAAAAAUUUAUGAAACUAAGUAUUUUAGUUUUAAUUCAUCGCAUAGAUAACCGAAAAUGAAAUCAGACUCUAUUAAACAUUCUAUUGGCAAUAAAAAAUUUUGAACAAUGCCGGGAAAAUGCGAAUAUCUUCAUAUAGAUGUGGUUUGGCUCUAGUAGUAGAAUAUGUAUGUAACAUUGUAGGCUUUGCAUAUCAAGGCACGAGCCUGAUAAACAUUAAAAACAAGUUAACAUGAAUUACCUUGUUAUAAGCAAGAUUCAUAGUCUCCAGUUUUGUAAUUUUGAAAGUUUACUUAAAUUUUCUAUCCAUUUUCAUAAUAGUAGAAUUUUAAGACUUCAAUUUAAAAAUUGAAUAUUUUUCAUAGGAAAACGUAAGGGACAAGUAUCCCUGUAUUUUUAAAGAAAUCUCUUUUAUUUAAUAUAAUACAUAAAACCACAGGAGGUUCAUUAAUAAAAGUGUAAUAUUGUUAAGAACAACAUUGUCUAAGAUUAUUUAUAUUGUAAGAAUUUUUUUCUCUUAAAUAAAACAUUGAAAC